UUCGGCUUUUAUUUUGAGGAGACAACGACCGACUCCGAGCACCGACGGUCACUGGAGCAUCGCCUCCUCUCCCGGCCGCUCAGCUGCUGCUCUGUGGACACCAGAACACCGGCCCGACCUGCCGCCGAUCCCCGCUCUACUCCCCCGUAAUUCACCUCGCGGUCGUCGUGCUUUUUCCCGCCGCUCAGGAUGACGAGCUACUCGGCGUUUCACUCUCAGCUGACGUCCAUCAUGGAGGCGCUGACCAGAGCGGCGGUGGCGGAGAUCAGCGAGCUGGUGGACGACAGCUACGCCGUCCUGCAGCUGGAGAUCAGCCGCAGCCGCAAGGAGAACGAGUCGCUGCGGAGGAAGCUGGAGCUCAUCGAGUCCAUCAUCGCCCGGGGUCACCGGGGGAACGCCGCGGUGCUGGACUACGGCGGCCCGGUGGAAGCGGAGGAGGGCGGCGGAGAGCUGCUGGACUUUACCGUGGAACGUGUCUUACCGGCUGCGCUGAGCUCCAAACAGCCAAAAUCCUCCAACCUCGUCAGAUGUGGAAGAGUUUUGAUGCUGGAGUCAACUCCUGCAGCCACGGAGGAUCCUCCGACAGCAGCUUCAGAGCAGCCGGACGAUCAGGACGUCGUCGUGAUAAAAGAGGAAGUGACGAAAGAGGAAGUGGACGAGAACGUCAACGGAGACGAGCUGCUGCUGACCGAAGACGGAAGUGAAGCGCCGCCGUCGGCUGCAGACGACAGCGAGGAAGGACCGUCUGGGAUGUCCAUCUCCUCCGACAUCCGGCCGUGGGACCAGAACAGUGGCGGGCUGUCGGAGCGCCUCGGGCACCAGGACUCCCACAGUGCAGCGGGUUCUCCGGGUCCUGCGGGCGCCGCUGAAGGCAGCUCUUCAGACGUCGUGUUCGAUUUGGCCUCGGAGUCGGACUGCGACGCUCCGUCUGCAGUCCAGACCAGGAAGCCGUUCUUGCUCGGGUCGGGAGGAAACCCCUCAGAGCUGAAGCGAGGCCUGAUCGGUUCCCUUUCCUACGACUCAGAACUGGACCUGUGCUCCUCAUGGACCAAUCAGGGCCUCCCCAGCAUGGUGCCUCACCGGCCGUACCUGAAGCCCGACCACCGGCCGACGCUCCUGGACAAACCGUCCGACAUGAGCACCGCCGCCGGUUUCCCCCUCGCGCUGGCCCUGGGCGGAUCCCGGCUGGACCCUCUGGACGUCAGCCGGUACUGCAGAGACCGGCGCUUCGUCUGCAGCUACUGCGGUAAAUGCUUCACGUCGUCCCGCAGCCUCGAGACGCAUGUCCGCGUCCACACCGGAGAGAGACCGUACAGCUGCGCCCAGUGUGGGAAACGCUUCACGCAGUCGGGUCACCUGAAGACGCACCAGAGCGUCCACACCGGGGAGCGACCGUUUGCCUGCGAGCACUGCGGGAAAAGAUUCGCCGGAAAACAGAACCUGAGGAUCCACCAGCAGAAACACCACACGGCUGAACAGGCAGCGGCUCCGGUUUAGUUUAACAAACACUGACAGGCCUGAACACUGUGCAGAGACCAGAAGGAACAGAGACUGUAGACUGUAUCAGCCCUGCUGGAGGUUUAACCUUUAAGGACAAGAAUUUACCAAAAAAAAUAAGAUUAUUUUAUGUCAAAGUGAAAACAGAUUCUUCAAAGUAAUGUCAGUUAAAAAAUGUAAAAUAAGUGAUCAUCACUUCUAAAGGACUAAUUCAACACAGAAGUCAUCAGUCAGUAAUGGAUGAUCUGAGAUCAGUGAUGGGAGGAUAAAGACUCCUGGAUCUGAAGGUCCAGUCUCUGGAGGAUCCAAAGUCUGGGAUAGAACUACACGAUGAAGACUGAAGAACCAAGAAACUCUGAGGAAAGGUUGUUGAAGAGCAUCAGUCAGGACGAUACAAGAACAUUUAAAGUUCCUGAAGAUCUGAGUCCAGUUAAAUCCAUCAUUAAGAAAUGGCAGGAAGAUGGAACAUGAAUAAAUCUGACUAGAGCAGGACGUCCUCAAGACCUGAGAGACUAGAGAGGGAGGCCACCAAGACUCUAUGACUCCUCUGAAGGAGAAAGAGACUAGAGAGGGAGGCCACCAAGACUCUAUGACUCCUAUGAAGGAGUUACUACAGACUAGUGAUUGAGGCCAAGUGAAACCUGGACUAGAGUUCACCAGUAGGCAGGUGGAGACUCUGAAGUCACCUGGAAGAAGGUUCUUUGGUCUGAGGAGACCAGGAUGGAGCUUUAUGUCCAUCAGACUAGACAUCUAAUUUGACACCAAAGCACGGUGGUGGCAGCAUCAUGGUGUUCCUUAGCAGCAGGUCCUGGAAGGCUGGUAGAGGGUAAAUGAAAUUCUAACCUGAUGAUGAGACUUGGAGAAGAUCAGUUUUCCAUCCAGAUGAUGAGUCGAAGCAAACAGACAAAGAUCCUCAGAGAUGGUUCAAAGACAACAAGGUGGACGUUCUGAGAACUAAAGGUUCUGUAGAUCAGGAUCCCUGAGGAACCUGACAGAGUUUAACAGAAGGUCCAGAUGUUCAGACUGAUGGAGACCAGCAGGAUCAAUGAUGGAACUGAAGGUUUUUCUAAUAGAUACCGAACUUAAGGUGGUGAAUAAUUAUACAGACGCUUAUUUUACUUGUUCUAUUUUUUAAAUAAUUGACAUUACUUUCUAGAAAUGUUUUCACUUGACAUGAAAAGUCUUUUUUUUGUAAAUUUUCGUCAGAACGGGGGAAAACUGAGCAGGUGUGACAGUUUUUCUGAACUCUGCAGCUCUGGAGUGACGGUUAGGACCUCACUGCUGUGACUGAAUGCUGUUUUUAAAGAGGUUUAACAGGAGAUGGGUGCUUUUUCAUUAAAAACUGAUGGACAUCUCUGACUGCUGUAACUGCCAGGCCUUACUCAUUCUAACAGCCUCAGUACUGAAGUAAAACGUUAAAAAACGACCAGAUCCACAUCGAUUGUUACCUCAGAAAGGACAUGGGCAUCGAGACUCGUUAGAAGCAUGAGAAUGUUCACUGGUUGGUGUGUAUCUGAAAUAAAAGUCCAAUCUGGGAUGAUUUCCUCCUAGAUUUACUGAUAAAUGCA